CCGAUUCUCAGUGUCACGCUUCCCAGGGGUGUUUUCCCCUGUUUUCCGACCCAGUAUCGGAGAUGCAAUGGCGAGGGAGAAGCCUUCGCACAUUCAUCUACGGAGAAGCGUCAAGAAGCGCAAGAGAUGUCAACGUGCGUACGAAUCGGCAGAAUGGAGAGCAGAACUACCAAAUAGUCUGAUAGGCGAAUCGCUUCAUCGACGAUGCGACCAAUAUGUUCGAGAUCCGUCUCACCAAUCUGGCCAGGUCUCCUCCCUCUUCCCUUCAUGUCCAGCGUCCAACGUCAUAUCCCGCUCGUGUUGGCAGCCAUCGGUACCGUCGUGGUUGUCUAUUUGGGCCGCCGUCGUGCGCGCCGCCUGCCGCUUCCUCCAGGCCUCCCAAAACUUCCGAUUCUGGGGAACCUCUUCAAUCAUCCGAAGGGUCAGCCCUGGGAGGCUUAUGCACAGAUCAGCAAGGAUGUUGCGGGAACAUCUCUAGUUGUGCUGUGCUCGGCCUCUGCUGCAGCAGAUUUGCUGGACAAGCAGUCGGCAGCCUUUUCUGACAGGGCACGGAGGCCGAUGGUUGUCGAAGUCAUGGGAUGGGACUUCAGCGUCGCGGCAAUGAAAUACGGGGACAAAUGGCGCGCUCAUCGGCGAUUGAUGCAUCAAGUCCUCAACGAAAAGGCCGCAGUCCAGUAUCGGAGCAAACAGCUCGCCUCGGCACAUGAAGUGCUGCGGCGACUGAUGACUACACCUGAGGAGUUCAUGGAUCACUUCAGGCACUGGGCCGCUGAGAUUAUUAUGUCGACCACUUACGGAAUCACCAUUGCGAAAGAAAACGACUUUUACGUGGAUUUGGCGCAUGCAGCGCUUCGGACGUUAUCAGUCGCCGGUGUCACGGGGACGUUCUGGGUCGACUUCUUCCCCGCCCUGCAACACAUUCCGGAGUGGUUCCCCGGGGCGAAGUUCAAACGCGACGGAGCCGUCUGGAGGAAGAUGGCGCGUCAGAUGGUCGAUGCAUCCGGCGAGGCGCCCUCGUCGAUCGUGUCGGAAAGCGUGCGCACGAUGUCGGAUUCCUCAUUCUACAAUGAGGAAACAGUCAAGAACUCCGCGGCGACCCUCUUCCUCGGCGGCGCUGACACCAGUGUGUCCGCCCUCCAGACUUUUGUUCUCGCGAUGCUGGCGAAUCCUGAGGCCCAGGCCAGAGCACAGGCCCAGAUCGAUGCUGUCACGCAGGGCCUCCGGCUCCCAGAUUACGACGACGAGAAAAACUUGCCAUAUGUCAUGGCAAUCGUGCGAGAGACUCUGCGCUGGAGAAAUGCAACUCCAAUGGCAAUCCCGCACUUCACCUCGGUCGACGGCGAGUACAAAGGCUUCAGGAUCCCGGCCAAAUCACUAGUGAUAGGCAAUACUUGGCGAGUUGCUUCUCCGCGUACAACGGAGUCGAGUCUGAUUUCCCACAUUAGGGCUAUCACGCAUGAUGAAAGCGUCUACCCAGAUCCAGACAAGUUCAACCCCGAUCGGUUCCUGCUUCCUGACGGACAGAUCAAUCCCGAUGUUCCGUUUCCGGAUUCUGCAUUCGGAUUCGGUCGGAGAGUCUGUCCAGGAAAGCCCAUGGCCUUGGCUUCGCUGUACAUUGCUGUGGCUUCGAUCUUAUCUUCGUUCAAGAUCUCCAAGGCUCGCGACAUCAACGGGAACGAGAUCGAACCGACUUACAAGUAUCUCGCGGGCUUCAUAAGGUUUAUCCUCUUUUUCCAUUCUCUCGGCAGUUCCGAUCGCUGA